UCUGAACAAGAGAGGAGGGACGACUUAGUAGGAGUUUAUUCAUAAUCCCAUUAUCUUUUGUGUUACUAAACAAGAGCAGUCAUAGAAAAACGAACUACCAUUUAACAGUGGUUCUCCUUUGAUUGAGGCAUUAGUGUCUUGGACGCUAAGCGGCGCCAUAAGCUAUCACACUCUGUUUACACUGGUCACGGUUGGGCUACCAGACAGACCACUCAUAUGGGACAUUUUACCAAAAGUUAAAACACUUAAACAAAAUCGCUGGUUUCGGAUGGUUGACUUAUAUUAUUCGCUCUGCUUACGAUAUACAACCUUAACGUUUGAAUAGCGAUAUAAGGGGCUACGACCUUUAUAUUUUUAUUUCAAUUGCUGCACCUUUAAUUGAACUUCUAACUCUCCGAUCUUUUCUGGCCUGUAUACCGAAAUACGUCGUUAUUUCUAUUUGCAAUACUAAAGUAUAUAAUAUACGGUAGUUAAAAUGACGGAGCAGCGGUUUUCGCCAUCCAAGCGGUUUUCUAUUGAGAGCAUCCUCGCCGAUACAAAAUCUCCAGAAAAGGAGACAGCAGCACCAGUAUCACCCAGUAGCAACGGGAGAGAUUCACCCCAACCCAGUCUUCCAAGCUCGCCAUCUAGCCCUAUUAAACCGGCUGAAAAGGACAACAGAAGCAGUUGGCCGGCCGGUAUGUCGGUGUCUUCAGAGAUGAGUUUACAUCAUUUUAGGCCCCCAUUAGGAGUUCCGCCUCUUACAUGGUACGCCUGGAUGCACGGAGCAAAUCCAUAUUUUCCUUACAACUACGAACGUCCAGUGCUUGGUCAAACACACCUCCAUGCCCGCAAUAUACCUUCGUCAGCAGCAAGUCCGAUCAAGUCGAGUGAAUCCUUAAACAUCACAAACGACGAUAAACAGCCUAAAACGCCCGAAAUAGAGUGUAAAUCUGGAGAAUCAGAUAGCGAAGAAUCGAAAAAAUCUGAUAAGAACCCAAAGCGUAAGAAAAAGACAAGGACCGUUUUCAGUCGUAGCCAGGUAUUCCAGCUGGAGUCAACGUUUGAUAUGAAACGCUAUCUGUCGAGUUCCGAACGGGCUGGCCUAGCGGCUUCAUUACAGCUAACAGAAACACAGGUGAAGAUCUGGUUCCAGAACCGAAGAAAUAAAUGGAAAAGGCAAUUAGCGGCAGAGAUGGAGGCGGCCAGCAUGGCUCACAAUGCCCAGAGGAUGGUUCGCGUCCCCAUCCUAUACCACGAACAUUCGCGUAGCAUGAGUGAGAACUCUGGUAUUAUGUCCAGUCCAUCGGUUCUCCCGUACCCUUUCUCUUACCAAACAUCGUACCAAGGACUAUCGGCACCACGGCCUACAAUUUCAUCUAUAGUCUCAUAGACACUUUAACGUUUAUAUAUUUUAUGAAGACGAAACUGGGUCUACAGACUUGGCUGUUCGCAUUUGAAAGGCAGUUAAGGUAGGCGUCAACGUGGCAAUUGUAUACAAAGACUACUUAUUAUGUUCUGGUGCUCUUUGUAAUUGUAAAUAAAUAGAUAAAUAUGUGUAUAAUUAUGAAAAUGUAAAUAUAUAAUAAAUGUCUUCGAUGUGAAUUAAGUUCUUUAUAUUAUAUUAAAGAAUAAACGUGUAUAAAAAAAGAGAAAACGACUUUGAAUUCGGUCGAUAUAAAAUGCUUCGGUAUUAUUUUAAUACUUAAUACAUAAACUGAAAAUGGUUUUGUUUAUAUCUACCGCCCACUGGACAAAAGUAACUGAUUUAGAGGUUCAUCCGUUCGAUUUCAAUCUGAAAAAUUAAUAUUAAUUGUCACAAAAUGGAUUGAGAAAAUGAAUAGAUGACUAACGAAUCAAAGAAUCUAAAGUACUUAGAUACUUGAUUGCCAUUUGAACAGUACAAUGCAAAAUGUUAUUGAAAGUAAAUUGAAGAAAUUAACCAACAAUAGUUACGAUUCACUGACGUACGUUUACUGGCAGAUAGGCUACCGGUACAUUAGCAACGGUUAUUAUUAGUUUGUCUUGGCGUGCACGGCAACUUGUGAAACACAGGAAGUAUUCCACAGCUCGCCUGCAGUAUAAUUCGUUUCCAUAUUAUUAAUUUUGUUUACAAACAAUGAACAUCAAAAGAUUACAAGAAAAACCAUUGUCUUAUAAAAAGGUACUGGUACGAUCAGUAUUUCCUUAUAUAAAACAUAGGCUUAUAUUUGUAAUUGGCUUAUUGAAUAAUUAUAAUAUAUAAUAGGAAUAACGUGUUAAAUAUAAACUACACGAAAAAUCAAAUUGGUAGAACACGGGGCGCAGUACACAUAUUUUCUACUUAAUGUAUUUUUUCAUGAUAAAAACCAACAUAAUUGAGUAAUAUAUAGGGAAAAAACAAAAGAAAAAAAGGUUAAAAACACGAAUUUUCUAUACGGUUAAUAUAUUUAUAUAUAUAUUUCAUCCUAAAACAAACAGUCGUUCAAAUUGUUUACUGAUACUUAUUGAUAAGAGAGUAUUACAGUGAGUUGAUUUUCUAUUUUUAUAUUGGCAUAAAAUAUCUUAUUGUAUGGUUAGGUUUUUAUCGGGCAGCAGUGAAAAGUCCUCUUAUUCGUUCACUGACUUUUCGUAAAUUAAUUAUAUUCUUGUGUACAUAGAUUCAUUUGAUAUUCAUCUAUACUAUAACAGAACCUGUCAUUUUCUUUAUUCUAUUAUUAUCAUCUUAACUGCUGUCUCCAAGAAAGCGUUAAAUUCAUUGCAGGUUACGGAAGAUAACGCCGAACUUCGUUGUAGAACUUUUAGUACAAUUAUUUCUAUAAUGAAAACGAGGCACGUUUGUAUUUAUACUUGUUAGAGUGUCUAUCGAAACGUUUGAAGUACUUUGCCCAUAAAUACAUAACAAGAUUGUGGGAUUUUAUUCGGAUUUUAACUAAAUAAGUAAUUCAUUAUACUGUGUGCUAUUAUCACAAUAACCACACGACAAUUAAGUCUAUAGGAGUAAUGCCCGAAUAAGCGUAGUCGAAAUGUAGGCCUAUUUAAACUGCGUCAUUCAAAGAAUUUAUUUUAUCUCUGCGCAGUUUCUUCGUAUUCGAUUGAGUUCAUUCCUGCACACAACUAGGAUCUACUUUACGUCUGAAAUGUCAGCAAUGAUACUUAAUUUUCUUCAUUGGCGAUUUAGUAAACCUUUGCAAUGGAUGCUAAGAACUGAAUAGAUAUAAAUGUUAACGUGAAUCGCUGUGGCUAUAGCGAAGCAGAUUUGUUAUGAGAAUAAAUUAAAGAUAUAACUAAAAAUGUACACGUGUAUGAUUUUAAGUAUACAGGCGAGUCUGAGAGAAAUUUCACACCGAUUACCUUGAUUACAACCAAGUAAUGAUUUAGUAACUACUAUUGUGUAGUUUGUUUGAAUAUAUAUUUUGUUGAAGUUGUACUUAUUAAGAAUGUGUUAUUUUCUUUGUUUUGAACAUCUGUAAAUUGUUUGUUAUGUGCUAAAAGUAUUGUCCAUUAUAUUUUGACGGAAAUAAUGUGAAUUAGACAAAAACUCAUUGAUUAUUCUUGGUAAUAAAAUUAUCAGAGAAAAGAAAAGUCA